CACCUUGGCUUGCUCCUGUUAAUUAGUCACCCGCCAGUUAGCAACGAGUAGUUGCUUGGGAGGCACUAUAAACGCCGUCUAGUUUAAUAUUUUACUAGCUCCAACAUCUACAACAGAACUGACUCUUACUGAACCACUUCAAAAUGGCUAACGUUACCGCACUCAACAACGACAUUAACGCUUUGCGCGGAAAUCUUGAUCAGUUCUUUUUGGUGAUCAUGGGAUGCCUCAUUUUCUUUAUGCAGGCAGGAUUUGCAUUUCUUGAGGCUGGGUCAGUAAGAUCAAAGAACACAACAAACAUCCUCAUCAAGAACGUUCUAGACGUAUUUAUUGGUGCAGUGGCUUAUUGGUUGUUCGGUUACGCUUUUGCCUUUGGAGGAAAAAGCAAUGGCUUUAUUGGACAUGAGUAUUUCGCGCUGGCAAAUUUACCAGUUGACAAAUACUCUCAUUGGUUUUUCCAUUUCGUUUUCGCGGCCACAGCAGCAACAAUUGUCAGUGGUGCCAUGGCAGAGAGAACUGAAUUUAAAGCCUAUCUUAUUUACUCAAUGUUUUUGACCGGAUUUUUGUACCCAGUAGUCACUCACUGGGCUUGGGAUGGAAAUGGUUGGCUGUACAAGGGUGCGGAGUACACUGACGGCAAUGUAACCUUAUCUGUAACAUACCAGGACUUUGCUGGAAGUGGGGUUGUCCACGCAGUGGGUGGAAUGGUUGCUCUGGUCGGUGCAGCUAUCGUGGGGCCCAGAAUCGGACGUUUUGAUGGUGGUGCACCAGUGCUACUGGCAGGACAUACUGUACCGAAAGCAGCUCUGGGAGGAUUCAUCCUGUUCUUUGGUUUCCUGGCAUUCAAUGGUGGCUCCCAAGCAGCCAUCGCUAAUGAAGGCGAUGCUGAUGCUGUAGCAUUAUCCAUAGUCAACACCAUCCUCGGAGGAGCCGCAGGUGCUCUUACUGCUAUGAUUGUCAAACGCCUGGGCUUUGCAGAAAAGUACUGGAGUUUGCUUUUCACCAUUAAUGGCGGACUAACUGGAAUGGUUGCAAUGUGCGCAGGUUGCAAUGCCGUUCAUCCCUAUGCUGCUUUGAUCAUUGGAGUCAUCGCAGGAUUGGCGUACGUGGCUUGGAGUACUUCCAUGCUGCGGCUAAAAGUUGAUGACCCUUUAGAUGCUGUGGCUGUUCAUCUUGGUGGUGGCCUGUGGGGCGUACUUUCUGUCCCCAUCUUUAACAAGGAAUCUGGAAUAUUUGUAAAAGGAAACGAGCUUGCAUUCCGUGCGUUUGGCUGGAACUUGCUGGGUGUACUUGUCAUCAUAGCCUGGUCUGCAGCGUGGGCUAUCAUUUUAUUCUUUGCUUUGCAUCUCCUCAAACAACUUCGCGUCAGUGAAGAAAUCGAGUUGAAAGGUCUCGAUAUUCCCAAACAUGGUGAGCCCGCAUACCCACUGUCCAGUUACGGAGAUGGAUGGUCAGAAUCUCCAUCAGCGCCUCGACACAAUUUCCCGUAUUACCAAACGAAUGGCGCUCCCCAGACUGAGGAAGUCAGACCUAAUCAGGAAGGUGGUGUUCAUAAUCCCGCCGUUGUCAACGACAAAGACACUCAGUUUUGAUGUUGAUCAUGGAAAUAUUGAAGUGCAAGGCUUUCGUUAACAAUUUCGCAGCUUCUAAAUUCAAGUGCCAUAUUUCGGUGGCAAAUAAGAAUCCACUCAAAAUUUUCGACUAUCAUCCAGGUGAUAUAUCUUCACUGCAGUGCAUUUAAUCUGUGAAACAUAUUUUCACGGACCACUUGAUCAUUGGUAUCAAGAUAAAUUCUAAUAAAUUCGAUAUAUAUCAGCAGACUGAAAAUAGUAGUCGUUCGUAUAACAUUCAUCACUUGCUGUAACUUCUCUGGUGACUUUAUAUUGAGACAAAACUUAUAGUUAUGCAUUGUCGACCUAUGUCGGAGAAAUGGAUAGACUUUAAGAGCUUUUAGAGUACACGGAGGUUAUUUGGCCUGACGAAUGAAAAUAAUUGUUUAAAAAAAAUCUGUUUCUAGGUUUAGGUAAAGAAUGCUUGGAGACGUUUUUCAACUAUACGCUUUUUGCACAGAAAUGCAAUUUAACCGAUUAAAUUACAAUAGCUCAGUCUUUCCCUGUUGUGCAGAUGUAUAGCUCGGUAUGCACGAGGAUGUAUGAUUCCUUUAUUUCAUCAACUUCUGAAUUUCUUGUAUACUCGCAUUAAGAAUAAAACGUUUCUAAACAACA